AGACAAGAUACGUACUAGUUGAGAAGCGGCUCAUACAAAUCACUUACCUUCAACGGAAUUUGUACGUUAAGAAUGAGUGAUGAUUCGGGAUAUGAUAUAUGCGAAUGCAUUCAGUCGCAUGAUGGGGCUAUGCGUCAAUUAUUGGGGAUAUUAAGACGGACUCAAGAAUAUUGCUCUGACAGUUCUUGUGUUGACGAUCUGUCUCAGACGCCUCAGAGUAGCCAAGACCCAAUGUCAGGUACCUACGUUAUGACGUUUGUGGCAAUGCUAGCCGUUUUCGCUGCGUUCUUAUUUGGCUUGCCACGGUUUCGGUCCUCAGAUGGAAAGCCUCGCAACAAUUUCCAAGGACCAAAUCGUGAUCCACCAGCAAUUUCAUAAAUCUCAAAAGAGAUAUAAAUCAUCUACACUACCACUGUGAUUUCUUUAUCCUUUUCAUCAAUGAAAAAAAAGACGAAUAAAAGAAAUUACAUUAUGCACACACACAGACAGACAGACACAGAGAGAGAUUUGUAACUUUUUAAAGAUACUUAUUCCUUCUUUGCCUUUCUUUUCUUUGUCUUUUUUACUUAAAAUAAAAAUUAAAAACAAACAUUAUGCUAACCAAGAUUGAUAAGCAAAGGUUAAAUUGGAAAUAAAUUUUCAAACAUUUCCAUUUUAUUUCUUUUUUUUUUAUUACUUAAAAAGCACAUACAUUGAUUGACAGCUACAAACAUUGUUUGGUUAAUCUCACUAAAUUUGUUUUGGGUAAACACACACACUUCUCUUUUUUUUUAUAAAAAAAAUAACCUAUUUGAGUAGUAUAUGCUUGUUUGUUGGUAAUUUUUGUCCCGCUGUUUUGUUUAUUUUUUCUGUUUUGAAUCAUUCAUGUCUUUUGUUUUGUUUUGUGUUUUUUUGUGGUUGUAAAAUGAAAACUGAGGUUUAUACGCUACAAAUUACGAUGUUUAUUUCUUAAUAUGAAAAUGAUGAUCCCUCUUAUUCUUUCAUGAAUGAUAUAACUUCUUUUUUUUCUUUUUUUUUUUAAAGUACUACUAACUAAUGUUUAAUGAUUGUUUUCACAGAAAAAAAAAACUGAACGAGAUACAUGUAACCUUUAUUAUUGC